UCCACCUCCACGUCCACGUCCACGUCCACGUCCACGUCCACGUCCACCUCCAUCUCUCAGCCUUCACCUUUCACCUAGAACCCGUCAUUGGACUGCUUAAUUCCAUUUGCCUUGUCAUUGUUUCCAUCUAUCCACCAUUGACUUGGCUUCCCUAUUCUACCCCCUUCCACUCCUCUCCUCUCCUUUCGUGACCUCGCUCUGCCUCUGCCUCCGCCUCUGCCUCCCUCCCCCUCUCCCUCUCCCUCUCAUCCUCUCGCCCUCUGACCAUGCCUACGUCGGUCAAGUGUCCAAUAUGUGGAAACUUUGUCACUCACCAACGCAUCAAUGACCAUCUCGACUCAAAAUGCGUCGAGUUCGUCCUUGGCACCUCCCACAACGCCGCUAACCUAAGCUCGUCUCCUCCACCCCCUUCAACUCCAGCCAACGGAUCCUCCGAUAAGCCGAGCGUCAUGUUCUUCUCACAGCAACCGAAACGGUCUGCCGCGACCUUUUUCCAGACGCCAGCAGCCAAGAGGCAAGCGACCGUCUCCAAGGUCUCCCCCACCGUUCCCACUUCCAACUCGACCAAUCCUCAAGGGCACCAGGCCACCGGGAAAAGCAACAGCCAACCGUCGAAUUCCACAGCAAACACCACCGCCGCCGCCUCCUCCUCCUCCUCCUCCAUCCUUUCCAGAAAGCGCACCUUCGACCAGGGGCCAGGGCGCGACCUCGUAGAAUCGUCAGGAGCGGAACACGAACACCUUAGAGAUGCCAGUAGCGCAGCCCUAGAUGUACAACCGACUUCGAAACGCACCAAGACAGCCCGCGCCGCUCCGUUAGCCGACCGCAUGCGCCCCCAGACUCUUGACGACGUACAUGGUCAGGAACUUGUCGGUCCUCACGGCGUCCUCCGCGCCUUGAUCGAGUCGGAUCGCGUGCCGUCCAUGAUUCUCUGGGGUGGCUCCGGCACUGGUAAAACCACCAUUGCCCGGUGUAUCGCCGGUCGCGUGGGCAGCCGCUUUGUCGAACUCAACGCUACCUCUACAGGUGUGGCCGAAUGCAAGAAGCUCUUCCAGGAAGCCUCCAACGAGCUGGCCCUGACCGGCCGCAAGACCAUCAUUUUCUGCGACGAGAUCCACCGCUUCUCGCGGUCCCAGCAGGACGUCUUUCUCCGCCCUGUCGAGGCCGGCACCAUCACCCUUAUCGGCGCCACCACCGAGAAUCCGUCUUUCAAGGUCGGCGCCGCCCUCCUCUCCCGCUGCCGCACCUUCACCCUGCGCAAGCUGGACGAGGACGACCUGGUCGCCAUCCUCCGCCGCACCGUCGCCGCCGAAGAGGCCGUCGGCCACUACCGCCCGUCCCCCCUCGUCGACGACGCCCUCUUGCGCUACCUGGCCGCCUUUGCCGACGGCGAUGCCCGCACCGCCCUCAACCUCCUCGAGCUGGCCCUCUCCCUCACCGCCCGCCCGGGCAUCACCCAGGACGAGCUCAAAGCCGCCCUGACCAAGACGCUCGUCUACGACCGCGCCGGCGACCAGCACUACGACACCAUCUCGGCCUUCCACAAGUCCGUCCGCGGCUCCGACCCGGACGCCGCCCUCUACUACCUCGCCCGCAUGCUCCAGUCGGGCGAGGACCCCCUCUUCAUCGCCCGCCGCAUGGUCGUCAUCGCCUCCGAGGACGUCGGCCUCGCCGACUCGUCCCUCCUCCCGCUCGCCACCGCCGCCUACACCGCCACCCAGCAGCUCGGCAUGCCCGAGGCCCGCAUCCCCCUCGCCCACGCCUGCGUCGCCCUCUGCCUCGCCCCCAAGAGCACCCGCGCCUACCGCGCCCUCAACGCUGCCUUUGACGCCCUGCGCGAGCCCGGCGUCGCCUCCCUCCCCGUGCCCCUCCACCUCCGCAACGCCCCGACCCGCCUCCUCCGCGAGAUGGGCUGCGGCGCCGACUACAAGUACCCGCCCAACUACCGCGACGGUCGCGUCCGUCAAGAGUACCUGCCCGAGGGCAUGGUCGGCCGUCGCUUCCUCGAGGACCGCCACCUUGGUACCGAGGUUGAUCCCGACUUGGAGAUGCAGGAUGCUUGACCUGUGGCGAUACGAUACGAUGCAUACAUACAUACCCCCGUACCUACAACAGGAAAGCAAAAGGAAAUAUAUACCGAAGCGGCGGGGCAUAACUAACAGGAGUCAAAAGUCGGGCCAUGGACAUACAUCCUGCGCUUGUACAAAACAUGUCAUUUAAGAAGAACAUUACACCAUCCCGGAGCAAAAAGACAUCCAGGAUGUAUGCAGUGGGAACCCAUAAUAACGCGACGGGAAAAG